AUGUCCUCAUCUGAUGACAUCAUCAAGGCCGCCGUCCUGAUGUCCUCUCACGUGAGCUCGCAGCUCUGUCUGCUCCUCCUGCCAGUGAUGUCACUGCUGCUGCUCUUCUCUCCUAUUGGCUGGAGCUACGACAGUCUCACACCUGGCUGCCACCUUUUCCCCGUAAACGUAACCAUUCGCAGUGACCGUCGCGGCACGUGCAAAGGCACACACCAGGUCUAUGCAUGCGUCGGCUACUGCGAGUCCAGCGCCUUCCCGUCCAGAUACUCCGUCCUGGUGGCGUCCAACUUCACACACAACAUCACAUCAGCCUCUCGCUGCUGCACCAUCAGCAGAGACGCCAAGGUCAAAGUUCGCCUGGACUGUCCUCGAGGCCGACACCACGAUGAGAUUGAGAUCGUAACAGCGAAGGCAUGCCGCUGCGACAUGUGCCGCCGCUCGCGAUACUGAGCCUCUGGCCUCUUCAAGUAUUCACUUACAACAGACAUCCAAC